UUAUAGGAGCGACUGACGGUAGUUGCGGUUUUACGCUUCAACCUGAAAAACAUAGCAGGUAUACGGGUUUAAAGGAAAACAUUUUCAAGAAGUUCGUUUCCUUGGGACUAAAUUUGUUAAACCUUCCUUGUUUAAACAGAGCGUUCAUACUUUUAGUUAUUAUGGAACGCUGGAAAGGUCGAACAGCCUUGGUGACCGGUGCAUCCGCGGGAAUCGGGUAUGCCAUUGCCGAUGCACUAGCACGCAGCGGAAUGAAUGUGAUCGGAUGCGCGCGAAACGUGGAAAAAAUCAAUGAAUUGGUUAAGAAACAUGAAAAAGGACCAGGCCGCGUUGAACCGGUACAGUGUGAUGUCAGCCAGCCACAACAAAUAACCGCGAUGUUCGAGCACGUUGCAAAAAAAUACGGACAUGUCGAUGUGCUGGUCAACAAUGCCGGUUUGGUGCAGUUGGAUCCGCUGAUGUCGGGCAGAACAGAGAAAUGGCGGGAAAUGCUGGAGGUAAACGUCCUUGGUUUAAGUGUCUGCGCCAGGGAGGCACUGAAACUGAUGCAGAAAGACGGCGUCACUGAUGGAAACAUCAUCAAUAUCAACAGCUACGGUGGCCAUUUUCCGAUUAAUCUGCCCGCCUACCACUUCUACAGCGGCACGAAGCAUAUGAUCACUUCUCUGACAGAAUCACUGCACCGCGAAGUGCGGGCGAUGGAACCGAAGAACGACAUGAGGGUUACCGACAUUAGCCCGGGCGUGGUACUGACGGAGAUCCUCCAGCGUUCCAUGGCCCAGGCCGGAAUGCCGACAAUCGAUUCUGGUAAAGACUUCACCAAAGACUACAAAUGCCUGAACGGCGACGAUAUCGCUGAUACGGUGUUGUUUGUUCUGGCCGCUCCGCAACAUGUCAACGUAAAAACCUUGAUUGUCUGUCCGACACAGCAGCCACAGGUGUAAAGCGAAUUCAGUUAAUAUGUUAAUCUGGCUGGCAGUAAUAUCGUAGUGCAUGAAUGGCAUUAGUAAUAAUACUCUUGACGGUCAAGUCACAUUUUCUCGUUUCUUCAAAAUUAAUACUGUGGAAAUAUUUCUUUGCGUAUAAUCAUAUUUCAUUCGAUUUCUGCAACCAGAGCGUGUGCGCCAUGCUUUGACGCAGCGACGGUUGAUGUUACCGUUUAUUGUUACCGGCGUUUAAAUACUGAUUUCUUUGCGCAUGACAACUGUGUAACACGGCGUAUAAUGUAGCCCAUCUUUACAUUUUAGGUGCUUCCCUGGUUUGUAAUU